ACGAAAGUAUAAAACGAUUAAUUAUGUACAUUGUAUUUCAAUGAAUAAUAAAACAUUAGGAACAAUAUUAUAUAUAUAUGCGUGUGUGUAUGUGUGUUUUCAACAAUAAUGUUAUAUUUACAUGUGUGUAUUUAUGUAGAUGCACUUUCUAUAAAAAGGAAAUAUCCCUAAUGCUGUACCUGUAUAUACAUUUACGAUUAUUAAUGGCGGUAGUGAGGAUAUCCUUUCUAUGUCAAUUUUUUGUUUAAAUCAUAUAUUUUUUGUCUUUAUCCUGCAGUGAAGUGAUGUUUGUGAAGAUGUGAUAAACCAAUGAUAUUUAUCUAGAUAGAAGUACAAACCAAUAACGCUGAGGAUUUUCUUGUCGUAUGGUUAUUUAUAUAUAUAAUAAAUUGUAAAUAACGAAGUCCGAAGACGCUCUCUAUAUGAGAAUUAAACGGUAAAUACAAACGUUAUUGAGAUAUAUUGAUAUUUACAUUAUAAAUUUUUGUUGCAUUGUGAUUAUUUGCGACGAAAUAUAAGUCAGGGGUUGGGCAAAUAAAAGCGGGAAUGUUUGAAUCAAACUUCGAACGAGUUAGUGAGAAACUUUUUAUUUCGAGAUUGGUAGUUCUGAUUGGUCUUGUUACAUGUCAAUCUUUGUCAUCAAUAUGUAAUUUUUAGAAGGAAUAAGAGAAAGUUUAUUUACUGAUAUUUUUAUUCAAUAUUGAUAGAAUUUUUCAUUAAAUAUUUAACGAAUAUAUUCUUUUGCGCAAAUGUAACACCAGCGCCUCUCUCGGCUAUACGCUGUAUUACAGUUAACAAUGUAAGCAUGGAAUAUUUCGCAUAGUAUGAGUAAUUGCCUGAUUAAUUUUACUCGAACGAGUUUUUAUGAAUUACGUUUUAUUUAAUAUUUUUAAAUUACUGGCAAUAUAACCAGUAAUCGUUAUUUAAAGAAAAUGGCCGAAGGUAAUAACAAAAUGUCAAAGGAUGUUUCUUCUGUAUCAGAAGAUACCGAUGAAAAGACAACAGAUAUUAGUCGUUAUUUUAAUAAUGCACCACGCACGAUUUUUGACGAUAUUGUGGCACCGAAUGAACAAAACUAUUUUAAUACGGUAUCGGAUUCUGAGGACAAUGUUUCAAGGUUUAAUUCACUUUUAAAUUGUACAACGAAUGAUUUGUUUUCUGUGGAUACUUUAUUAGAUAAUGAUCGAAUGUCGGAUACUUUAUUAGAUAAUGAUCAUAUGAUACAAAGUAAUUUGCAUAGAGAUGCUUGGAUACCAUCAGAACGUACUCGUAAAAUUUUGCGAUCUAUUGCUACCUCCACAGUAGGAACUACUUUUCUCGAGAGAGACAAUUUAACAAUGCCGGGAUUGGCAUUGCAAGGAGACAUGCCUGAUUUAAUAAAAACUGCUGUGUCCCAUUUUCUUGGCGAAGAUGAAGAGAUGCAAAGAAAUGUACUUACCGCUUCAGAUGUCACUCAAGACGAACGUGGACUGAGAAAAUUAAUACAGACUGGUUGUUAUAGAGCUGCUAUUAAUUUAUCUGGAAGACUUAUUUCCAUCUAUGCGCAAGGUUAUGGAAAAAUAAAUCAGUCAAGUAAACAUACUCCACAUUCUUUAUAUUUAUGGUAUACGAGACUUUCCUUAUUAGCAAAAUUAAAACAGAACGAAUUAUUAGAAAAAGAAUCUAAGCCAUUUGGUGAUUUGGACAAGCCAGACAUGUAUUAUACAUUUUAUCCAGAAUUAUAUGGUACUAAACCAGGUUCCAUGGCUUCAUUUGCCUUUAGAUUACUUUUAGCAGAAGUCCCAUACUAUUAUGGCAAGCCAAAGGAAGCAUUAGAUAAACUACACAAAGUUUUGAGCGUAGUCAAUGAAAUUUUGUCAAAUUUACAAGCUGGCCUUAUGAGGGAAGCUAAUGAUACCAAAGUUACUAAUACAGAACAGAAGAAAGAUGCUAUUAAACUGUGGUCACGCAGAAAAUCCAGAGUAUUAAUAUCUAUCAUUAACUGUGCAGUUGGAAUGAAAAAUUAUAUUUUGGCAGUAGAUAUAUUAGAAGAACUAAGCAAAUCUCAUGAUUGGACAACAGAGCAAUUACAAAUAUUUCGAUCUAGCAUAGGGAGAAUAUAUUUGUUUCUUGGGGAUGUCUCUACAGCAGAGACAUUAUUAAAUAAUAGAAUUAUUCAGACAACUACAACUACUGUUAGAGAAUUGGUAGAUAGAGGCUUAAUAGCAGUUGCAAAAAACUCAUUUCAAGAAGCAUUUAAUUAUUUUCAAACUGCAUCUACUAUGGAUCCUUCUAAUGUUAUGCUAUUAAAUAAUAUGGCUGUGUGUCUUCUCUAUACUGGUCAGCUCAAAGCUGCUGUACAUUUGUAUGAAAAUGCAGUGGCCAGAAAUCCUAUGAAAAGCUUACAAGAACCAAUUUUGUUGAAUAUGUGUACUUCCUAUGAGUUACAUACAAAUCAUUGUAAACAGACCAAAUUACAUUUACUUCGACAGCUAAAUAAAUAUAAAGGAGACGCUAUUGAUAUCCAGUGUUUAAAACUUGGUAUGUAGUUAACACGAAAGAAGUUUCUUAUGAAAAUUUAAUUAGCAUAAAAUGCAACCAACGAGAUAUUUAAUAUAAAACAGUAUGUAUAUAUAUACACUGUAUAUUUUAGAAUAACUCUAUCUCCUGGACAAAUUGUCUUGGAAAAAUAAACAUUGUUUCGCAAGAUCAUAGUGUGGUCGUGAAUAUAAUACAUUAAGUUUAAUUUUAGAUAGACAUUAAAAAUGUCUUAUCAAUUGUACAGAAACGUAUAUGAGAAUAAAAUUUAAGGUCGUUUGAAUCUCAUGAAUAUAACAUCAUAGAGGAAGAGAUGUAUCAAAAAAUAAGAAAUUCUACAUUAGCGUCAAAGUAAAAUAGCUUUUAUUACAUCGGGAAACGAAGACAAUUUAACGAACGAUCAACAAGUGCUAAAAUUCAUCCUCUCUUUUUCUCUUUCUAUCUCAAAUGCUUUCUUCGAUUCCUGUAUUAUUUUUCUCUUAUCAUCUAUUCUGCCAUCAUUUCUUUUACCUCUUUCUCUUUCACUCCCCCCCCUCUCUCUCUACCUAUUGCUCUAACCAAUCCUUUUCCUAUCAGAUAAUUACGAAUUCUUCCUACUCAUUAUUUAUAUAUUUCAUUAUUUUUUUUAUUGACUUAUCCAAAAGCGUGUUGUAACGUUUACUGAAAAUAUAUACUACGUAAGAAUAGGAAUACGUCUUGAAUUUCGUUCAUUUUCAUUCAUUUUACGAUUAUCGUGCGUUACUGUUAAGCAUAUACUCUAUAUCUUUUUCUUUUCUUUCUCUCCACAUCUCUCUCUCUCUCUCACCCUCACCUUUCUUCCACCUUGCUUCUUCCUCCCACCCUUUCUUUCACCCUCUUUCUCUCUCUCUCUCUCUCUCUCUCUCUCUCUCGUUCUCUCUCUCUCUCUUUCUUUCUCUCUCAGACGCACACACAUAUACUCAGGCGCAAAUGUGAAUAACACCUUGCGCGAUCGCGUUACAUUAUAGCACAUGUUUGAUCGAAUUUCAAAACUGCAUUCUCUCCCUGCAGAAAAAAAGGCACGAACUGGCGGAAAGGUCGGCCUAACUUUAUAAUAUUUCAUUUAUUUAUUAUGGAUGGAACUUCGUCACAAUACAUUAUUCUUUUCCCUUUUCUUAUAUUUUCCUUUUCUUUUCUUUUCUUUCUUAUUUCCUCUUUCGAUCAUUUUCUUAAUUCCGCAGUAACACACGAAAGAUCUUUGGAGAUGAAGUCCACAGAUCAAUAUUUUGCAAGCCAGCGACGUAGUGUAUAGGAGGUGCCUCAUCGAUUGUAAUUAUAAUCAUUUUAAAUGAUCAAUGAUAAUAAUACACGAUCGUAACCAUCGAAAUUUCAUCCUUUUCUUUUUUUUCUUUUUCGUCUGAUAAUACUGAUCAUGUUCGUUUACCAUCAUUUUUUUUUUUUAAAUCAAAAAGCAAUAUCAAUGGAAAUAAUUCGGUAUUUCUGGUACAAUGAUUUAUCAAAAUAUUUUUUUAUCCAGCUAAUCACAUUUUCUCUUUCUCUCUCUCUGUCUCUCUCUCUCUCUUCCUCUCUCUCUCUCUCUCUUUCUCUCUCUCUCUCUCUCUCUCUCUCUCUCUCUCACUCUCUCUCUCUCUUACGAUUAACGUAAUUGACUAAAGAGAAUGCCAAAGGAGAUGAUUGCUUAAGUAUAUAUAAAUAUAUGUAUAUACGUAUAUACACGUAUAUAUAUAAAGAUUUCAUUGAAACGUUUAACAAAUGACAUUGUUUUGCGGCAUUCUUGAGGUACAUGGAGUAUACAAAAUUAAUAUAUCUGUAUAACUCAUAGAUUCACUGUUAGAGAUAUGUAUGUACAUACAUACAUACAUACAUACAUACAUACAUAAUAUAAUAGGCUUUUAUAAUAUAGAAAACUAUAAUAAAUGCACGUUUUAGUUGUUAUAUAGGAAAAUAAGGAAUUAACAUUUGAGAUCAAAGUAUAAUUACUUAUAUCGUUCAAGAUUUCAAUUGCAAUCAUCGCUAUUAAUUUAAAUACGAAUCAGUAAUAACAGAUUAAAUUUACGAUAGGAGUCACUCCUAUUUUAUAUAAAAAUUUCUCAUGGAAUGCAAUAAUAUAUUAUAUAUAAUAUGAUAUAUUCAAUUAUAUUUGAAUUUAAUUUUGCGAAAAUAUAGAAAGGAAAUGUCGAUGGGUUUAUCCACGAAUAGAAAUAAAUUUUUAUCGAUUUUGAAAAAAUCAAGAAUAAAUUUCCGAAAAAACAAGCCAUUAGGCAUGUAUCUAUGUACAUACAUAAAUAAAUUACAAAUAUAUGUAUGUGUGUACAUCUUAGGAAAUUGAUUUAGAAAUAUAACAAAUCGUUACUUAAAAUUCCAUGGGAUCCUCUCUCUCUCUCUCUCUCUCUCUUUCUCUCUCUCUCUCCCCCUCUCUCUCUCUCUCUCUCUCUCUUUCUCUCUUCUGAUUGAGCCCUAUUACAUAUUGUAAAUAUAAAAAUUGCCCGAUCGAGAAUCAAUGGAGUCAGCUUUUGGGCUUACGUUUCGAUUUGUUUUAUUUCUAAUAAAUAAAUUUUUUUCAACGUAAAUUUCUCUUUAAUUUGUCAACUUAAAUCGAAGAGAAUGAAUGCACGUUACGGUAUUUAAAAACGAUCUUUAAAGGCUAAUGAUGAACGUAUAGAAAAAAAAAAAAAACAAAAAAUUACGUACUAAGUACGAAAUUUUGUUCUCCAUUAUAUGGCGCAAUUAAUAGUUAUAACUUAUAAAAAAUAAUUCGAAGUUGGCACUGCCGACACUACGUUGCUAAGACCUUUUUAUCUUUUUCACUUUUCAUUAAUCUUUUUCAAGUACGCGUUGCAUAUUACAUAUCACCAUAAUAAUAACAUCCACGUCGCUAUUUUUCUUGUCGAUUAAAUGUAAUGAUGUAUAUAAUAUAUAUAUAUACUAUAUAUUUACGUACCAAUUUUUAGUAAAUUUAUUUCUUUUAUUCCUAAGACGUAUGUAUUAUUCCUACUAUGGUGUAAUGCUUACGCUUUCUAAUAAUCUAGAAGAAACGGUACAUUAUUGUCUGCGGUGGUUUUCUUUUUUUUUCUUUCCCCGAUUAUUUCUCAUAUAUACAAUUUAUUUAUAUCUUUUUUUUUUGGUACUUGCUUACGUAACAUAGUCAUGGAAAGCUCAAUGGUAUAACCACUGGUAUUCAUAGAGUACAGUUUAAUGCGAAGGAUCGUAGUUACUCCGCGAUACUCCUGAGGAUCUUAUAAUCACAAUUGAUUCUGUCGCCGUAACAAAACGUUUCGUAUAAAUUACAUAUUCUUUUAAAAAAAUAUCACCGAUCUCCUGUCGCACAUAUACGCAUGUAUUUUGUCACGUACAUAUUAUAUAGGGAAAAUAAUUAAAAAAAAAAAAACAAAAAAAAAA